AUGGCGGAGCUGCAGAUGCUGCUGGAGGAGGAAAUCCCGGGGGGCCGCCGGGCCCUCUUCGACAGCUACACGAACCUGGAGCGGGUGGCCGACUACUGCGAGAACAACUACAUCCAGUCAGCAGAUAAGCAACGAGCUCUAGAAGAAACCAAAGCCUACACCACCCAGUCCUUAGCGAGUGUUGCCUAUCUGAUAAAUACCUUGGCCAACAAUGUCCUGCAGAUGUUGGAUAUCCAGGCAUCCCAGCUACGGAGGAUGGAAUCGUCAAUCAAUCAUAUUUCACAAACUGUUGAUAUUCAUAAAGAGAAAGUUGCAAGAAGAGAAAUUGGUAUUUUGACUACCAAUAAAAACACUUCAAGGACACAUAAGAUUAUUGCUCCAGCCAAUCUUGAAAGACCAGUUCGUUAUAUUAGAAAACCUAUUGAUUAUACAAUUCUAGAUGAUAUUGGACAUGGAGUAAAGGUGAGCACCCAGAACAUGAAGAUGGGUGGACUGCCACGCACAACGCCUCCCACCCAGAAACCUCCCAGCCCCCCUUUGUCAGGGAAAGGGACACUUGGGCGGCACUCCCCCUACCGCACACUGGAGCCCGUGCGUCCUCCAGUGGUUCCCAAUGAUUACGUUCCUAGCCCAACCCGUAAUAUGGCCCCCUCGCAGCAGAGCCCUGUGAGGACAGCUUCUGUGAAUCAGAGAAACCGAACCUACAGCAGCGGCAGCAGCGGAGGCAGCCACCCCAGCAGCCGCAGCAGCAGCCGGGAGAACAGCGGCAGCGGCAGCGUGGGCGUGCCCAUCGCCGUGCCCACGCCCUCCCCGCCCAGCGUCUUCCCAGGCCAUCCCGUCCAGUUCUACAGCAUGAACAGACCCGUCUCCCGCCACACGCCCCCGACGGUAGGCGGCUCGCUGCCCUAUCGCCGCCCCCCGUCCAUCACCUCACAAACGAGCCUUCAGACGCAGGUGAACGGAGGCCCUUUCUACAGCCAGAAUCCAGUAUCUCUUGCUCCUCCUCCUCCCUCCAUCCUACAGGUAACUCCUCAGUUACCUUUAAUGGGAUUUGUGGCCAGAGUCCAAGAAAAUAUUUCAGACACACCGCCCCCCCCACCGCCUGCGGAAGAGCCAGCCUUUGAUGAGUCCCCCCCGCCGCCCCCUCCUCCAGAAGAUUACGAGGAGGAGGAGGCCGCCGUGGUGGAGUACAGUGAUCCCUACGCCGAGGAGGACCCGCCCUGGGCCCCGCGCUCGUACUUGGAGAAGGUUGUGGCCAUUUAUGAUUAUACAAAAGACAAGGAAGACGAGCUGUCUUUUCAGGAAGGAGCCAUUAUUUAUGUCAUCAAGAAGAACGACGACGGCUGGUAUGAGGGAGUGAUGAACGGAGUGACAGGGCUCUUCCCUGGGAAUUAUGUUGAGUCCAUCAUGCACUAUUCCGAGUGA